GCGUACGUUUCCGUCGAUCGAGCUUCGGUUAAUGGUCGGUAUCGGAGGAGGCGUGCCAAGCGGAAAGAAUGACAUUCGCUUGGGCGACGUUGUGGUGAGUGUGCCCGACGGCGAGCAUGGAUUCCUUUGGCCGCCACCCGAGAUUUUGAGGAGUGCUGUGGGUAUUAUGCGGUCCGACUACAGGGUUUCGCAUAACAAGAUCCCUGAGUUCCUGUCGGCCAUGUUUCAGAAAAGCGACGACGUUCGCGUCUCGUACCAGCGGCCUGUAGAGCCGGAUGAGCUCUUCCAGUUAGAAUAUCGUCAUGUCCCCAACCAAGCCACCUGUCAGCUCUGUGACAAGACAAAACGGGUCCAGCGUCCGCUGCGUGAACCGACCCCCAAGAUUCAUUAUGGGCUUAUUGCGUAUGGAGACCAA